AUGACCAGCGAGGAUGAUGAAGAUACCGAGAUGGUUAUGGAGCAAAAGUCUCGAUUUAGUCGUUAUCGAUGUCGAGUUCGAGAGAAAAUAAACAGUGAUUUAAACGAAGCUAUGGCACUAGAUGAUUGUAGUGAUUCAGAAGUUGAUAAUGCUCCUAUUACUCGACACCAAAACAACUCAUCUGUUGAGAAUGAAUCAACGGUACAUAAUAAUGAUUUUAAUGCAAAUGAAAAUCAAUGGAUUAGUCAAGAAUCCAAUCAAUAUACUGAAAAACCUAAGAAAAAUGAAUAUGCAAUAAUAUUACAAGAUAUUGUGAAUGAACUUAAACUUCUAGAAAAUGUUGAUUUCGAUGUACUUUUUCCAUCAGCUGAUCGAAAUCAAAAAAGUGCCUAUAAACAUUUUUAUGCUUUCACUAUUGCAGCUGUAUGUGAUAAAAGCGCACAUUCGCUUAUAAUGAGCAUCAAAGAUCCAACUGGAUUUUUCAGUUGUGGAUGGUGCUAUAUUCCAGGUGCUACUCCUGAAUCAGGAUCAAGAUUCUUCAUUUCAAAAAAUGAUACUACGAUAAAACUUCGAGAUAAUAAAUCAUAUGAUAGACUUUUACCUUUCUUCAAUAAGAGAAAGAUGAUACAUUUAUGGUUUGGUACUGUGAAAACAGAUUAUUCAUUAAAAAAUCAGUUUGUUCAUAUUGAAAAAUCACUUCAAACUAUCCACUACCCGAUCACCAAUCGUCUUCCACGUAUUUUAAGGUUUUACAAAAUUUGGAAAGCAAAUGAAUUUCGCAUUACAUUAUUAUUCGCUUAUUGGUAUACUUAUGCCAUGCUUAUAGCAUAA